CGUUUGUGUAUUGGUGUCUCAUAUUCUUUUUUGUCAAAAGGGAACCUCGAUUUGCUCGUGGUCAGGUUUCCACGGUAUAUUUUGUAAUAUAUAUCAAUUCCGCAGAGUGGAAAUUGAACGAAAUUUGUACUUUGGUCAAUAAACAAUAUUGAGGAGAGCACGAGUAUUGAUUUGAAAGCCGGUUAAAGAUGCCUUCCAGCGAUCCACUGCCGCCCAAAGAGAGUGCGCUUUUCAGAAAGCUGCUGAAAUGUUACGAAAUGAAACAGUACAAGAACUGCUUGAAAUUAGCCAAGCAGAUUCUAUCCAAUCCAAAGUACACUGAGCAUGGCGAGACGCUUGCGAUGAAGGGCUUGACGUUAAAUGGUUUAGGUCGACGUGAUGAAGCCUAUAAAUAUGUACGCCUGGGACUACGUAAUGAUUUGCGUUCACAUGUGUGUUGGCAUGUGUAUGGCUUAUUGCAACGGAGUGAUAAAAAGUACGAUGAAGCUAUUAAAUGUUAUCGAAAUGCGUUGAAGUGGGAGAAAGAUAAUUUGCAAAUUUUGAAGGAUUUAUCAUUGCUGCAAAUACAAAUGCGAGAUCUGGAAGGUUAUAAGGAAACACGUCAUCAUCUGUUUACAUUACGACCCUCGCAACAUGCGUCUUGGAUCGGUUUUGCAAUGAGUUAUCAUUUGUUGGGUGACCUAGAAAUGGCUAACAGUAUUCUAGAAACAUUUAGUCAAUCCCAGCCCCCAACUGAACCACAUGAUUACCGUCAGUCCGAAUUGUUGCUUUACCAAAAUCAAAUAUUAAUUGAAGGAGGAAAUCUAAAUCAAGCGGUAGAUCAUCUAAAAAAGCAUGAGGUUCAUAUUGUCGAUAAGUUAGCAGUACAAGAAACUUUGGGUGAUCUCUAUAUAAAAUUGGAACAACACCAUCUCGCAGUACCCAUAUUUGAACAGCUCAUUAAUCGUAAUCCGGAAAAUACAUUUUACUACGAACAGUACUUCGCAGCAAACAAAAUUACUACAGCAGAGGAGAAAUUAGCUGCUUUUACAAAGUUUCAGGAAAAUUUUAAGCGCUCCAUGUGUCCGAAACGUUUACCACUUGAUGUAGCCACAGACGAAGUCUUCCAAACAGUGUUAGAUGAUUACUUACGACAAGGUUUGCGAAAGGGUGUACCACCACUAUUUGUAAAUAUACGUUCACUACAUCGUGAUCCUGAAAAGACAAAAAUCAUUGAAAAACUUGCGCUACAAUAUAAUGAGAAUUUAAUAAGAUCAGGCCAUUUUUCACGCGAGGAUGCGGAUAAAAAUUUACCCGCAGAACCGGCGUCAGCUUUGGUGUGGACUACAUUGUUCUUGGCGCAACAUUACGAUCAUAAGCGCGAAACAGAGAAAGCAUUGGAAUUUGUGAAUGCUGCCAUAGAACAUACGCCUACGCUAAUUGAAUUAUUCAUAACUAAAGGUAGAAUUUACAAACAUGCUGGAGAUGUGGUCGAAGCUUAUAUGUGGCUAGAUGAAGCUCAGAGUAUGGAUACUGCCGAUAGGUAUAUAAACUCCAAAUGUGCUAAAUAUAUGUUGCGCGCCAACAUGGUGAAAGAAGCUGAGGAAAUUUGCUCGAAAUUUACACGUGAAGGUGUGUCUGCCAUGGAAAACUUAAAUGAAAUGCAGUGCAUGUGGUUCCAAACGGAAUGUGCGAUGGCAUAUCAACGAAUGGAACGUUGGGGUGAUGCACUGAAAAAAUGCCACGAAGUCGAUCGACAUUUUCAGGAAAUUAUUGAAGAUCAAUUCGAUUUUCAUACUUAUUGCAUGCGUAAAAUGACAUUACGGGCUUAUGUAAGCUUACUGAGAUUAGAGGACGUACUUAGGCGCCAUCCAUUUUAUUUUAAAGCUGCGCGGUGUGCUAUAGAGGUUUAUUUGAGAUUGUACGAUAAACCUUUAAAAUCUGAAGAAACCAUUGAAGAAAUCGAUGUUGAGAAUCUGCCUCCCUCCGAACUGAAGAAAUUACGUAGCAAGCAACGCAAAGCUAAGAAAAAAGCGGAACUCGAAAGUGCGCAAGCAGCACAAGCGCAAGUAAAGCGUGAACAACAUCAAAAAUCGAAACAGCAAGGAAAUCAGGAAACUGAUCCAGAAGCACCAUUAUUAGAUGAAUUAAUACCUGAAAAACUUGAGAGGCCAGAUGAUGCUUUAGAGAAAGCUAUAGAUUUUUUGAAACCACUGCAACUUUUAGCCAAAGAACGUAUUGAAACGCAUUUACUGGCAUUUGAAGUUUAUUAUCGUAAAAAUAAAUUACUUCUUAUGAUACAGUCAAUCAAGCGUGCGAUUGCAAUUGAUGCAAAACAUCCUGAGGUGCAUACGUGUAUUAUUAAGUAUGCACAAUCAUUACCGAAGUUAACAAUUGAUCUGAAUGCCAGUGUUAAAGUUGUCGUUGACAAGGCAACCAAAGAACUGAUAGGUACACAAAAUGUACUCCAGCUAAACCAAGAGUUCAUAGCUAAGAACAAAGAUUCAAUUUUGCAUUUAUAUGAAGGCGCUAAAAUAAUGUACAAUUUAGAACCGAAUAACAGAGAUGCGGCUCUCAAAUUAAUUACCUCUUUUGAUAUGAAUAAAGUUACACUCGAGGUUGCUUCCAAGAUAUACAAAUCGCUGUGCGAUGGUUUGUUUGGUAGUUGUGAAUCUGAACUAGCGAACUACAAGGAAGCAUGUCAAAAACGUUUCAAGUAUGCACGCCUAUUUAAGGAUAAUGUAGAUAAUUCUCCAACUGAGAAUCAUGUGGAUAGCAAAGCGAAGAGUGAUGAAAAGACUGCAGAUUUGUAAUACAUGCAAAAUAAUCUGCACACACAAUACAAUAACAACAAAAAAUCCACGAAUACUAUUAACAAC